CACAUUGGACCUACCUGAGCUAAGUAAGGUAUCUGCCCAGGUUGAACGUCAACCAAGCAAAAGGAAGCAGCUAAGGGGGAAAUAAGAACAAAAACGACCCGAUGGCUAACGGUCGAAUCAUCGAUCGAGCAUAAUCCGCUGCAAGUUACAGAUCAAGCCAUAGAAAUUCAGCCAUACCCGGAGCAUCAGAGCAAGACGGCGGUGCCUUUACCCCGCGAUCAUGGAGCCACCUCCGAAACCGGUCCAGCUCCCUAAGCUCGAAAUCCUCCCACGAGGCAAGGGUUGGAAGUUCCAAGCCCCAACGAAAAAGAUUAACGACGGUGCAGACGUCUCACAUUUCCUGACCUCGAAAGCCUACCGCGACAUUUGCGUCUUCGUGCUCCAGCUGAACCGCUCAUUAUGUCCCCGCAAAAAAUCAGGGGCGCCCGCCAACGCCGGCACAGUUUUCACGCUCGCAUCUCCGCGCGACGACCCACCAUCCGUUAGACGGCUGCAGACACUCCUCGACAAGGUGGUUGCGAUAGUUGACGAGACGCCGCCCGACCCGGGACCCCGCAGGUUUGGAAACAUUGCCUUUCGGACGUGGCACAAGCACCUCGAGGACAGGGUUGACGCGCUCCUGGCAGGGUCUAUCGCGCCCGAGAUUCUGUCCUUUGAUAAUGAUGGAGAGCAGCCAAAAGCCGACGAUUCUGCAGAGGGAAAGGCCGACGAGCACAAGAUAAUCUCAACAGCUAGCGCCAUCGACGAGUUGAGGGCAUAUUUCCUUGGAAGCUUCGGCAGCUCACAAAGACUUGACUACGGAACAGGACAUGAGCUGAGCUUCCUGGCAUUCUUGGGUGGCUUGUGGAAGUUGGGCGCAUUCACAGACGGGCCAGAGUCAGAUCACGGUGACAUUGAGCGGAGUAUUGUGCUCGGUGUUUUUGAGCAAUACCUCAAGGUCAUACGGAAGCUUAUUCUCACAUACACCUUGGAGCCAGCCGGGUCACAUGGCGUCUGGGGUCUCGAUGACCACUCUUUCCUCCCAUACAUAUUCGGCUCGGCGCAACUCACCCGCCCAAUCUCCGAAGACGAGACUAUGCCUCUGGAAGGCUCCGUGAUGCGCGCCCCAAAACUCGGGGAUAUUACCAAGGUCGAAACUGUCGAGGUGCAACGCGAGCUGAACAUGUAUUUUUCUGCCGUCGGAUUCAUCAACGACGUAAAGAAAGGUCCCUUCUGGGAGCACAGCCCCAUGCUCUGGGAUGUUUCUGGCAUCAAGGACGGUUGGGGGAAGGUGAACAAGGGCAUGAUCAAGAUGUUUAACGCCGAGGUUCUAUCCAAGUUCCCGGUUGUUCAGCAUUUCCCCAUCGGCUCCUUGUUCUCCUGGGAAGUGGAUCCGGAAGCACCAAUACCAACACAGAGUGUACACAUGCAGAAUCAGCCUGUCUUCGCGGCUACAGGACAGGCGCCUAUGGGAAUGCCACCAACGGGCAUGCCACCGCCACAGUUGAAUCCUAUGGGCGUCUCAAUGGGCACGGCUGCACCGUGGGCGCAAGGGGGUCGGAUGCCUGCGCCGGGGAUUUCUUCUCGGGUGCAGCAACCGGUGACUGGAACGACAAGGCCUCCGCCUCCCGACCCAGUUGCGAGACAAAGCGGGGGGCCUGCAGCUGCAAGUAGCGGGACGAAUGAUGGGCAAGCGGGCUUGACAAAAGCUCCAUGGGCAUAGUAUAGACCUAGUCGCGUGUAUGAGAGCCGAUAUUGGAUUCCUUAUAAAGUGCACGCACUUGGCUAUCAGGAUGAACAUGAUGCAGAACAUGAAGAAAUAGGAUGAAGAACAAGAUGUGCCGCGUGUAAAGGCACGUUCGCCAUUUUGCGGGGUAUUGAAACUGAUGAAAACAAUAACAAACAACGCAUUGAAACCAAAAGAGAUGUCGUCUCAAGCCUUGUGUCUUGGCUUGUCUUGGACAGUGUCGGAUCCACCAAUUUCGACAAGGAACUUUGAAGGGCAAAAGAUCAAUUUAGAACCUGGAAAAAAGACCUUUGAAAGCGCAGACGUAGUGAUAGGCUAGCCGACACAAGACAAGUUUCCGAAGCAUAUCAUGCCGUCGGCGCAACGGGCGCGGCAGCCGCGGUAGGGGCAGCCGGUGCAGCAGCAGGUGCAGCAUCAGUUGCCUGGGGCUUCUUCUCCUCAGCCUUGUCAGUCUCGAUAGCGGGGGCGGCAGGCUCGGCCGGGGUCGGCGCAGGCGCCGCGGAGGCUUCAGCG